CGAUGCUCCCGAGCUCUUUGUCUUUGCUUUGCUUUGCUCCAAACCGCCAGUCAUCAAUGAAAAUGAAGCGAUGUGGAAAGCCUUAUAUCAGAUAUGUACAUACAUACAUAUGUAGCAUCAGUGGGGCAGCCGCGUUUGUCAAGGUGAGCCACUUGGCUCUACAUCCAACGUGUUGUUUUGAAGAGCAGCCAAGACUGCUCAGGCAUCUCCCAUACAAAAUGCACUUGUAAUCGCUUUAACCAAAUAAACAGUCCGAAAUUUCACAUCGAUACACUGGUCACUGGUCCGGUCAAUGGUCUCGUGUUUAUGUUCAAGUAGUCUUCUUUUCGACCAGCCAUAUGUACAUUUCUAAACGACUGCAAGUGCCAUCCUAUGAAUACCAUGUCUUCGAAUGAGGCCUACCACGAGCCAGGUGCCGGUGGAGAUGGAUCAGGCGGAUCGUCUGGCGCAUCCGCCGGAGGUAGUCAGCGGAGUAACCAGCUGCACCACCAGCAGAUACUUAACGAGACGACCUACCUGAAACCCGCCGCCAAGCAGGCCUACUUCAGCGAUGAGAAGGUCCUCAUACCCGACGAUGAUAGCACAAACGUGGGUUUUAGCUUUCGCAAGCUGUGGGCCUUCACGGGACCCGGUUUUCUUAUGUCCAUUGCAUAUCUGGAUCCCGGCAACAUCGAAUCCGAUAUGCAGUCUGGUGCGGCGGCCAAGUACAAGAUCUUGUGGGUCUUGCUAUGGGCCACAGUCCUAGGUCUGCUCAUGCAACGCUUGGCUGCAAGACUGGGCGUGGUCACAGGCCUGCAUCUGGCCGAGAUGUGCUACAGACAGUACAAGCGUCUGCCACGUUGGAUACUCUGGAUCAUGAUAGAGAUAGCCAUUAUAGGAUCCGACAUGCAGGAGGUCAUUGGCACGGCCAUUGCCAUAUAUCUGCUGUCCAACAAAGUGGUGCCUUUGUGGGGCGGAGUGUUGAUCACCAUUGUUGACACGUUCACGUUCCUCUUUCUGGACAAGUACGGACUACGCAAGCUGGAGUUCCUAUUCGGCACCCUCAUCACCAUUAUGGCUGUCUCAUUCGGCUAUGAGUACAUUGUGUCAGCGCCUAAUCAAGCUGAAGUUCUCGAGGGAAUGUUUGUGCCUUGGUGCUCCAACUGCAAUUCAAAUGUGUUGCUGCAAGCCGUGGGUGUCGUAGGUGCUGUUAUUAUGCCGCACAAUCUCUACCUGCACUCCGCCUUGGUUAAGUCCCGCGAUAUUGACCGUCGCCAGACGAAGAAAGUUAGCGAGGCGAAUUUUUACUUCUUUAUCGAGGCUUCGGUAGCUUUGUUUGUGUCCUUCAUCAUCAAUCUGUUUGUGGUGGCUGUGUUUGCCCAUGGCAUGUAUGGCAAAACUAAUAACGACGUUAUUGACGUGUGUAAGGACAAGUCAAUGUACGAGGACGCCAAAAUGUCUUUUGUGGACAGUGUGAAUGGAACCGCGAUCAUCGAUGCGGAUCUAUACAAGGGUGGCCUUUUCCUUGGCUGCACCUUUGGAGCUGUGGCCAUGUACAUUUGGGGUGUGGGCAUUCUAGCUGCUGGACAGAGCUCCACAAUGACGGGCACCUAUGCGGGUCAGUUCUCAAUGGAAGGCUUCUUGAAUCUGCAGUGGCCGCGCUGGUGCCGCGUGCUGGUCACGCGCUGCAUUGCCAUUAUUCCCACCUUCUGCCUGGCCAUGUUCAGCAAGAUGGAAGAUUUGACUAGCAUGAACGACAUUCUGAAUGCGGUGAUGUCGCUCCAGCUGCCAUUCGCUGCCAUACCCACCAUCGCCUUCACCUCGUGCGCCGCCAUAAUGGGCGAGUUCGUCAAUGGACUGGGCAACAAAAUCGUAUCCAUACUGCUCACCAUUGUUGUGAUUGGCGUUAAUUUGUACUUUGUGGUGGUGCAAGUAGAGAGCAUGGAAAUAAAAGGCGGCUUGCUGGCCCUAGUCUGCAUUUUUGCCAUUCUGUAUAUACUGUUCAACCUGUACCUUGUGAUACACAUGGCUGCCUGCAUGGGCAAUCAGCGUUUGAUGAACAGCCGGUGGGUGCAGCGUUUCGUGUUGCCAAGCCAGAACAGCUUUUCGAUAAAGAAUGCCAACUCGACGUAUGCCAGGAUUGCCACGAGUUCGGACCAAGAGCCGGAGGGCUUGGCCGGUGAGGAUGCGUAGCCAUUACUGUGCUGCACUGAUUCUGAUGGCAGUGAGGAGGUUUGUUUCACCAACAGCAAUAACAACGAGCUCGGCUGCCCCAGCAGCAAUCUGAACGGAACUGGGGGUCAGCACGUCGUCCUUAGCUAGCGGUGGUCUUCGAAUUGGUUCCCUGAAAGCCGCCGCCUUAACAAACCACUCGACAACGGACACAAUGUGGCAGAGUUCUCCGGGGCCAGGUUAAAAUCCGUUUCGACCUGGCUGGCGGGGAUUGGGUUGGCGUCCGCUGUUGCUUCGGGUAUACCUAUUUAGUAGGUUCUCUGAGAGGACCUGGGAUCAGUGUAACACAAUAACUAAAUUCUAACGGAAAAGCGUACCAAAAAUGGUUUAUGAACUGAACUUACUGAGAAGCGCAGAGAGACAAGAUAGAAAAUCCAUGAGAUCCUCUAAAUUAUCACUAAUCGAAGGCACUUCUAAUUAAAGCAAAUAGUUAAAAAGUCUAAUAAUAAGGCUGUGAAAUUAACUGAGUGUAAAUCGAACCACAUCAAUUGUCUAAUCGUAUUUAAAUUUGUCUGUAAAAUGAUAUAAUAGUGUGUCUCUGUAUUGAACGUAUGUGAGUAAUUAUUUAUCAAAUGUUUUAAAAAUGAAACUUUGUACUUUGUAUUUAUUUUAUACUGUUUAACCUAAGAACUCCGUCUUUAAAUCUGCACUUUUUAAUGAAAACUAAAGGUCCAGAGGAGUCCACCAUCUCCUAGAUAGUUGCAUAAAAUAUUUUAAAAGUUGUUGUGUACAAAAAUCGGUAUAAAUAAAGAUUUGUAUUAUAUUAAGAAA